GGAAAGAUGAAUCAUUGAUGCCUACGAGUACGAGUGAUGCAAAUACUUAUUAGACUGUUCAACGAGAAGACGCCCGAACAUCUCCGCGCGUGGUUGAUUUGACUCAAAUGCCCCCGCGGCCGAAUAUUCCCGACUGACAAUUAUAUAUGCUCAUCCAAUACUACUCGUGUAAAUAACCCCUCCACAACCUAUUGCGGUUCAAGUCAAACAAAACACCAUGUCCACCACUCAAGCCCUACAGACUUCCUACCCAUGGACUAAGAUGCCUCUACUGGCGUCGGCACCAAUGCUGAAUAUUGCCUCGGCCCAGCUCGCCGUCUCCGUCUCAGCAGCAGGUGGCCUGGGCUUUCUUGCUGGAGGUUUCGACGUCUCGUCUCUUGAGAGCAAUCUUGAAGAAGCCGUGCAGCUCUUCAAGCAAUCGAACUCACCUGCUCAACAAAACUACGCCGCAAGCGGUAUGCUUCCAAUUGGAAUCGGCUUCCUCAACUGGGGUGCCGAUCUCCCCAGGUCUAUCGCUGCAAUUGCGAAUUACCGGCCGUGUGCCGUUUGGUUCUUUGGGGCCAAGGCAAUACCCGAAGAUCUCCGCCCCUGGUUUGAGCAGGUACGUGCUGUGACCGACAACAAGACAAAGAUCUGGGUCCAGGUAGGCACUGUAAGCGAGGCGGUCGCCGUCGCAGAGUCCCUGAGUCCAGAUGCCUUGGUAGUUCAAGGCUCAGAUGCAGGCGGCCAUGGCCUGACCAACUCAGCAUCUAUAAUCACCCUCGUACCUGAGGUUAAGGAUGCUCUUGAGGCGCGGCAGCUAAGGGAUCACAUACCAAUCAUCGCAGCUGGGGGUAUAGUAGACGGGCGAGGCCUGGCUGCAUCCCUGGUGCUCGGAGCUUCGGGUGCGGCUAUGGGCACUAGGUUUCUAGCCUCCUCGGAGGCAAGGAUCGCCCGCGGAUACCAAGACGAGGUGCUCCGUGCAUCUGAUGGCGGCGUGAGUACUGUUCGCUCCACUGUGUAUGAUCGUGUGCGAGGAAUCUUGAGCUGGCCCUCGCGAUAUGAUGGACGAGGCGUAAUAAAUCAGACUUAUAUCGAUGCCGUGGAAAGAGGUAUGAGUGACGAGGAGAAUAAAGCGCUCUACGAGGAAGAGUUAAAGAAGGGAGACUCGGGAUGGGGCCCAAAUGCUAGAUUAACAACAUACGCUGGCACCGGACUUGGGCUCGUGAGGGAAAUCCUUCCUGCCGCCGACAUUGUAGCAAAUGUGAUUCGAGAGGCAGAAAGUACCUUGCAGGGUCUGAAAGUUUAGCGUACGGAAGCGGCUGGAAGGGUAAUAAGUCUUGAUGGAAAAGUAGGCAGUCUAAUUCUAUGUAUGGAAACUUUGAGCGAUACUUGACAGCAUGAGUUCCCAUAUUGUCAUUGGAUUGGUAAUAAAUCAUGCCCAAACACUGAACGCAAUAACUCUUGCACUGCGCCCAGCCUUUUAUAUGCGCAACCCUGGGUCAUGCGUUUGUUGAUAUAUUAUAAGUAGCAUGAGUGUAUGUGUAUAAACAAUGCCUUAGAAUAACGCCGAAAAAAAGAAACCAAAUAUCUACUCGUACUCAUUAAUGUACCGCAUUCAAUAGAUCCUCACCAAAGUUUGAUGACUCUUUCUUGACUUUCCAGUUGGUUCGUUUCUUUUCUCGUUUCUUCAUCAUUUCUGCCCACCCCUCAUCAUCGUCAUCCUCAUCAGGUUGAGCCGGGCUAUGGCUGCUAAGUCUGGAUGGAACGGUAAGAGUCUUGCCGUAGGAGGAUAGAGGGCGUAUUGUCGUGUUCGACGGGUUCGUAUUCGUAGAGGGACCCAGAUAAGUGGCUCUACGGUUCUCGUC